AUGCCCAUUCAUGCUUCUCUGUUUUCAGGUGACCAGAAUGAAAUUUCAGAUGGCCGCAGUCUCCUACAAGCUCUUGAUCUGAUUCCAGAUGACCUCUUGAUGGAGCUUCUAAAGGAGGAUCGGCCAAGUGUAUGGAGUGAAAUCUCCCCAUCCGCGACUAAUAACGGCACCACCACUUUCCCUCCUGAGGGCAGCUCCAAAGGCCUCGGAGUAACGCCUCUAGUCGACUCAAUAGUACAAGAGGGUAACGGUUUAGAAUUUGCUGCAAAAAGCGACACUUUGGUGACUCCUGAUAAUUCCGAGGGCUGUUUUUCGCAAAUUCUAUUUCACAGUCUUUCCACUUCUUCUCUUCCAGUAAAUAUGUCUUGCAUUUCAUAUUCUGACUAUAACGGAUCUUCUCCGCCCUUUGAAACGGAUUUGCCUUCUUGCACCUCUCGUCAGCUGAGCAGAAGUUUGUCCGAGGUAUCUAUAUCAAAGUGUUCUGAGAUAGCUGAUGAAUUAUCUGCCAGCGUAGAAUGUGCAAUGACAAAAGAACUUGUUUCAGAAACCGAUAUUGGUUCUUCUGCAAACGAGAACGGGGAAAUAAAUGAUAAUGAUGAAUUCAAAGACGAUAAUCAUCCUUUUACCUUUCGAUCUCUUCAGAAUGCUUCAAGCGAAAAGAUGAGUCUUACUGGGGAGACAAAGCAUCUGCAGCAUCAUAUUCCUUCGAAGCGCAACAGAAGUAUUAGCCCUUCAGAGCUUGGUGACUCAGGUCCAUCAUCGUCUGUAUGGACUAUGGAGAGCCUUGAUUUAGAUUCAACUGUUCUCUCUUCAUCCUUGCGCCACUCUCCUAAUUAUCAACCAAAGCUAUGUUCUACUGGUGUCUUGUCAGACCUGACCGCUGCGCUUAUCUUGCCUGAGACCCAGCAUCGUCUAGAGGCUCGCGGUAAACUUCCGGCCCGUUAUGACACCUGGUACCAACGGUCCUACUCCCCUCGUAUCGAUCUAGAUGUCGAACCGCCGCGUUCCAAGGCUUUUUGCGUUCAGCCCGACUCGGUGAACCUCACAUCAGAGGCCAAACGCGCAAUUCAGAACUGUGAUGAACAGGCCUCAACCGGCCAGCGGCCACUUAGGCUACGACAGGCUAAGCGGAGCCACACCUUUAGUGCCUUCGGAGGCCAUCUUGGAGAACGAUUGUCUACUGAGUUCGUUUCACCAAAAGAUGAAGUCACCCAGGAGCUACCGAGCAUCACCGACUGGCUCAUUAGUCAAAAAGAUAAAUAUCUUGGAGAACCAAAUAAUUCCACUUUCUUAUUUAAUUCUUUUCCUUCAUCCGUAUCUUCCUCAAUCCCUUCUUAUUCUAAUUCAUCAUCCCCCGUUUUAUCAUCUUCAACCUUGGGUACUGAGACUUCGGAUGUCUCAUUCUAUACUGCCAACGGCGAUUUCCCCCCCUGCUUUAGUCGCAUCCAAGAAAACACUUCAGUCGCCAUAUCCACAGCCCCCUCAGACCAUCGUAUGCGCCAAGUUCGUUCUAAUUUGAGGCCAGAGCACCAGCUUCCCCAUUUUUCGCGACCCCAGAAUACGCGUUUUUUCGGACCUACCAACCCACAACCUCUACAGGCCUUAAAUGAUACAACACUGAAUGAUCAACAGUCACAGUUUCCAGGCCAGCAACUUAGUAAGGGCGAUCAUCAACUAUGUCGUAUACCCCCAAAAACGAUAGGCCAGCUCUCUUCUCAAUUUUCUGACAUAGCCUCAGCUAGACCCUCUUCCCGAAGAUUAGUUUCUUCAUCCUCUUCAUCCGGCGUUUCUUCUUGCUCAAAUUUGUCGCCACAAGCUCUCACCACCUUAUCUUCUGUUUCAAGAAUCACUUCUUCAACCGCUUCCUCUGUCGGCUGUCUGUUUUCUGUUGCUACGCCUUCUUUCCCAGCCACAUCUCUUCCUAACGGGCAACAACAUCUACAGUCGCAGGCAUUUCCAUCAUCUCGUCUCUCUUUCCAAAUGGUCGCUCCUAUACUUACCAGGAAUAGGGGUUGUUUGAACUCGACUUGGAACACGCCUACUGUUAAAUCUUCCGGACUUUCUAGCCUUCCGAUUUCCUCCCUUGAUCGAGAUUCCAUCGUACAACAAGGGCAGCAGCAACUUCCCUUGUCUUAUUUUGGCCUAUCCUCAACUGUAACAGCAAAUACAGCGGCAGUAUCAUCUCUGUGCAGUACAAGCGGCAUCGGGAAACGCCGCCGCAACGCAUCUGACUCUUCACCAAAUAGCUUAAUUAGUAUUAUGCAGACUGGCAGAGUUUCUUGUGCUGGAAAUGAUGUGGAUGGAGCUGGGUCCCGGCCAUCAACUCUCAACUCCGGGACGGCAUUUCUAACCAUCAAGCGGCGAGAUCAGCCAGUGACUGCGCAGUUACUAAAUCAAGAGGCGAACCAAAAAGUAAAGAAUCCUGAUGAAUCUAGCCUUGGCGGGAUCGAAUUUGCGAUGGGAACUGGUAUUGGUUGUGUAACAAAUGGUAUACUUUGCAGGAAAACUGAUUUAGACGAUGAUAAUGUUGAGCAAUGGGAUAGGCAAAUGGACAACAUUAAUAGUAAAGAUCCCGGCUUCCGUCGCGUUGUAAUUUACCGUAGCCUUACUUCGCCACUUACUGAAUACUCUGACACUGCGACCAGUCUCUUGGCUGCUGCUGUCACUGACUCUCCUCUUGUAUCCGCCAAAAGGGUAAGAAGUGGUUUUAUUAAUGAUUUAUUUCACAUAUUUGCUCUACAUUGGUAA